AUGGUGCUAAGACUGGCGAUACUUAUUGACGAUGCCGGCGAAACGUCUGGAAAUGUACCACGUCCACGAUCCGACUUUGGAAAUGAUGAGGCAUACAAUGGACUCCAGACUAGGUGCGUUCCUCUAAGUUUUCCUAUCAAUGCGACCAAGUUGGGAAAACGAGGUCAAACAACCUCUUAA